CAAGUCUUUUGAUGCACCAUUUAGAUCUAAUGUUAGACUGGGUUUGAGACUUGGUUACUAAACAAUGUUUGUUGUUUCCGCUUCUUGACAUCGGAAGAGAGAAAAUAUCAUCGGAUAGAAAAGAUUCAUCGAAUUAAGUCAAGUAGUAUCAUCACAAUGGAUAAGAUAUGUACUUACGUCAGUGCCACAGGGGCAAAGCUACUUGAACUUGGAGCAAGAAUUUCAAAAGCUUCAUUCAGUUUUUCAUCAAAUUCACAAAACGAACGUUGUCACAAAAGGCUACGACUUAAUAACGGAGAAGCGGCCUCAGUCAACCCAAACAGAAGGACCAGGAGUCAAAGGGAGACAAUUGUUCAAAUUAAAAUGGACGUUGUUGCACAGAACGAGGACGGCACCAAAUACUGUAUCAAAGAUGCCCAAGGAAAGAUGUUUACGUUAGACAAAUUUACACUCAGCGACAUCGACGAUAACGACGUGGUCAAUGUCCUUCGUGAUAUCGGGUUCACAGGUGACAAACUCCAGGAUAGUUUCACCCUAACGCCUUUGACAAGUCAAAGCAGUGCCAACGAUACAGACGUGCCAGCCGCCCCAGACACGAGGAUCAGCCAGUGCAAACGAGGCAAUACGUCCGCAGCAUCCAAGCUCAGCAUCGACGGAAUCGAAUAUCUCAUCGGCCAGACCACGAUGCCUGGCUUCCAGCUUACUAGCGAACAAAAUGAUGAGGUGAAGAAGGCUGUGACGUCUAUCAGCCACAGCCAUCGCCUUACUGAUCAGGCUUAUGUCGCUUUCCCUGUGAGCUACUGUCAGGACGUCCUGGACGAGAUAAGGGACAUAAGAGAGCAGCGUCUUUGUAAAAUCUGCAUGGACAAUGAGACUUGCGCCACGUUCGUGCCGUGUGGUCACUUAGUCUCGUGCAUGGAAUGUUACAACAAGGUCCAGUGCUGCCCAGUGUGCAAGGCUAGCAUUGACUAUGUCAUCAAAACUUACAUUGCUUAAGAAUGACCUAAACGACUUAAGAGUAUAUUGGCCAAGCGCUGGAUUAGAUUCUAUGGAUCAUGUGGCUGGAUGAGAAUGUAGGAAUGGACGGCUUCAAACUCGGGUCUAUCGUGAUGACAGUUCGAAACACAUACCACAAGACGAGGAAGGUUGAGUACAAUUUAUCUAUACUCAGAGCUAAUAUAUAUUUCAGUAUGUAACAGCACUUUUUUUUUUAAAUUAACAUUUCAUCUUUUUAAAAGACCACCAUAAAUUUUGUUCCAUGAAUUGUAACAUCUAAUUAUCUAAAUAACAAAACAGUGUUUGGGUUUUUAAAAAUAUGAAUCUUUAAAUGGUAAACACAUUAAUAUUUAGAUUCCACUAUGACACAUUAUAAUCGUCGCAUUAUUCAAUUGUAUUUCUUUUCAUUCUGACAAUACUAAUUAUACUGCUUUCUAGUUAUUGGUGCAAACGCUUUAGUUAUAAUAAAAAAAACAACUAAAUACAUUGUAUCUGAUGUAGGUUUUGUUCUGUAUUACUUUUCUUCUCAGCGACAAUUCUACAUCUAUCACAUAGAGUCCACUAAGAAUAAAAGGCAAUGUAAAGCACAUUAUUUACACAUAUAGGCGAUGGAAAGUUUGAGGAGCGAGAGUCAGUUUGUUGCAUAACCAGAGAGAGAGAGAGAGAGAGAGAGAGAGAGAGAGAGAGAGAGAUAAAUAGACAGAUUGAUAAAUAAAUAAUUAGAUUUAGAGUUAGAUAUUCUGUAUGAUAUAUAGCUAAUUGAUUAAUUUAUUUUCAGUUUUUGUGUGUGUGUUCAAUGGAAACUUUAUGAAUUCAUACAUUUUCUACACGUCUGUAGCUUGUAUUCAUUAUUCUAUUCUAUCUUGCACUAUGUUUGUUAAUUAUAAAUACCAAUAAAUACCUGACUCUCUAUA